AUGCGAAACGACUAUGCAGAUUUAAAGAAAGAAGCAGAAAAACCAGCAGAAGAUAAAAUGAACAUGUUAGAAUUUCUGAACAAAAACUAUCCAACUGCUGACGAUUUCCUUCUAUCUGACGUCAAGAAGAAGUAUAAAGAAACUUUCGGUAUCGUUAAAACUUUUGACAUACUGACAGAAGAAAUAGAAGCUACAAAACUGUUUAGAGUCAUGAACCAUCGCAACAUAUACCAUGUAAAACGCUUGUAA